UGAAAAGUGGUUAGGAAAAGACAUAGGACGUAAUUUUUUUGACUAUUCGGACGCAGCCCAAGUCCCCUGCGCAUGUCACGCCAACAUCGUCGCGUCCUAGUGACGUUUUGUGUUUUGUGGAUGAUGAGCAUGCAGAAGAAUAUAACACGCUGAAACAAAGCAUGGAUAUUGCGAUUUUACUUUGUUGAUGACCAGUUGGCUCUGUCACAGCUACGAUGAUCCCCAUUCCUGUUGUAGUGUGUGUUGUGGGCGGGUGGUGCGUGGUGUAUCUGACCGACACAUUGCUCAAGUCCUCCAGCCGUGUGAAGAUUGGUUACGAGAGCUGGCUGUCGUCCAAUGGGCUGGCCCUGUCCCCCUUCCACAUUCGCUGGCAAACAGGGCUCUUCAACUGGUUGUUUGCCAAGUGUGCGCGUCUCAACCCUCAUUUCCUGUUCCUGUGUAUGUUACAGGUUUAGCACGGGAAUGGUUUUUGGAGUGGUGUUCAUGUUUGGGUCAGUGGUUUUGCUGACCCGCACACUGCUGCAGACUCUCGCCCAGAUGAUAUCUGAGAGCCCUGAGGGCUCCAACGAGCAGGUGCUCCAAGUUGUGGUACCUGGUGUGAACCUUCCCGUCAGUCAGCUGGCCUAUUUCUUCAUUGCUAUCCUGAUCAGCGGGGUCAUUCAUGAGUUUGGCCAUGGAGUGGCAGCACUUAGGGAACAGGUGAGACUCAAUGGUUUCGGGAUGUUCGUAUUUGUGAUCUACCCUGGGGCCUUCGUGGAUCUGUUUACCACACACCUGCAGCUCAUUUCCCCCAUCCAGCAGCUGCGCAUAUUCUGUGCAGGGGUGUGGCAUAACUUCAUGCUGUGUGUGGUCGCUUUGAGCUUCCUAUUGUUACUUCCUCUCAUCCUGUUCCCCCUGUACACCACUGGAGCCGGGGCGCUUGUCACAGAGGUGGUGGAGGGCUCGGCUGCCAGUGGGCCACGUGGCUUGUUUGUUGGUGACCUGGUCACCCAGCUGGAGGACUGCCAUGUUCACGGGGUGGAGGACUGGCACUCCUGCAUCGGAAAGCUGUCCCAGUCUGCGCAGACGGGUUACUGUGUUCACAGCAGCAGCCUUCAGCUCAGCCCAGCCACUGGACGAGUGUACAGGCGUCUGGAUGGUACGAUGGAGUGCUGCAGUAAUGGCAGUCUGACGGAUGUCUGCUUUUCCUACAGUAAUAACCUGGAGAGCAAGCUGUACGCCUGUCUGCCAGCCCGUAAGACUAUGGAGUCGAGCCGAACAUGCCGGUUGAAUGCCGACUGCCAAACAGACUUCACACCUAGCCUGUGUGUGGUGCCGUCCCUGGAGAAUCUGACCCGUUUGAUUCGUGUCCGCCACCCACCCCAGCCCCACAUGCUGUUCCUGGGCUACCCCCCGCAUCUGCAGAUGGCUGUAAGUCUCACAAACUUCAUCCCACGAUUUGGAUUUCUGCACUUUGACCUGCCUGUGGCCAUUGAGAGGUUUUUCAAGUACCUAGUGUCCCUGUCGGGUGCCCUGGCUGUGGUGAAUGCAGUACCAUGCUUUGCGCUGGACGGGCAGUGGAUACUCUCAUCUUUCCUGGAGGCGACGCUGAGCUCACUGGUGAUAGAAAAGAACAACCGUGAACUGCUGGGCUUCUUCAUCCUGCUGGGUGGCAGCACCCUCCUGGCUGCUAACGUGGCCCUGGGACUGUGGAUGAUCACUGCGCGGUAACUUGGGGUCUAAGCCAGGCCCUGUUGGACUAUGGGGGGAGCCAGAGGAACGUAUCAAGCACUGUUUCUUUCCAAUGGCUUCAGAGCACUGCAGGGACUACAAAUCCCAGCAUCCUCUGCCACCCGUUGUGAAGAGGUGGUAGCUGUUGUUCAUGGUCCUACUUUUGGCUUCAACUGAUUAUAUUCCCAGCUUCCUCCGCAAGACCACGCUUUUUGGUCUAUUGCUAGUGGGUACAGUCCAAGACUACAGCCCCCAGCAGGUUCUGGUGAGUAACUGAAUGAAGGGCCUAAGACUGUAACUUCCAGCAGGCCCUGCUGACUCACUGAGGGCCCUGUGACUACAACUCCCAGAAGGCAACACUAAACGUACCAGUAGGGUCUACUGAUUUUGUGAUGGGCUGCCGUAUUUUCUCUCAGAACUCCCAGUCUGAAGUGGGAUAGGACCUGUAAAAGCAAUAAUGAGAUUGACUUUAAGAUGUUUUAUUUUACUUCUAUGUGUGAAUUGUUCCAAAGAAAUGCGCAUAGGCGUGCACACACCCACAAAAGAUUAGCAGUUGCAUGUACUUCCACUCAUACACACAACACAAGUGCAAGAUCAAUGCUCCUGCACACACCACAUAUGCUGUGAUAAUGACUGAGUAUGCCCUUUCACUUUCCCUUGAUUUAUUUUCUUGUUUCCCCAUUUUCAUUAUAAACAGAUUUUGGUUUGACUAGAUUUCUCUAUUUUAUUUUUUUUUGACUCGCCUAGAACAGAUUGGCUUUAAGCAGUAAUCAUAGGUGCCCUCUUGUGGUUUAGAUUUUUCUGUUGCCGGUGUCUGAAGAAACAUCUGAAUUUUGCACAAAGCAAUCCUUUGUCAACUGGACUUUUUUCUCUAACCUUGUUUUUAAAAUGUAAUGUCUGUUAUAAUUUAGAUCUAGUUAAAAACAUUCUUAUGAUUACAUUUGGUGUAUUGUCUCCCUGCCCUUCUCCUUCCACCCUCCAUACCCACCCACGUUUGUCUCUAUACCAUCUGUUCACUCUGAGCAUUGCUCUCUGAUGCCCUCAUAUAUUCAUUCCAGUGUUUCCUGAAGGUGCAUUAAAAUCACAGCAAUGCUUUGUUAACAUGUUCUCUGUCUUUGAUUUUUUAAUGGGGUUCUCUGUUUUUGAUUCUUUAAUUCUUGCUUGUGUAUUCUACUCCAGAGUUCUAUUUGUGAUAUUUCUUGUUUGUGUAAUAUAUUAAAAAAUAUACAGUUAAAUGCAGAAGUGUUGGAACACUGCCACAAUUUUUGGUGUUUUGGCUCUGUACUCCAACACAUUGGAUUUGGAAUAAAACAGUGAAUAUGAAGUUAAACUGCAGACUUUCAGCUUUGAGAGUAUUUAUAUCCGUCACUGUCCCAAUACUUUUGCAUUUAACUCUAUGUAUAACAGUCUUGCUGUCUAUUAUCACUGACCCUUAGAUGUUUCGGUAAUCUUGGAGAGGUGCAGGAUCAUGGAUAGCAUUGGCCACACUCACUGGCAGGGGAGCAGCUCUGGCACGUUGCCUAUUGGAUACUCAUUGUCUAGGUACUGGUAGGUACCAAAAGGUCUUGCUUCCAGGUCCAGACCAUUUCCCAUAUGUGGCUAAUGGUUUUUAAGUUAAGCUCAUUAUAUAGACUUUUUGCUCCCAUGACUUCGUGACCAUCCCCAGUGAAUAGCUUGGGAUUUCGAAGAAACAUGACAAAACGAUACCGUAAGGUAGAAGUACCGACAGUCUAAGCCAGCCCUACAUAUUGCCUAAUUACUGAGCUUUGUAAAAUACCUGGAGUUAAUAAAAUAUGGUAAGCCAA